CCUUCCUUCCUUCAUUUCCCUCUUCUUUUUUCUCAUUCACAUAAAUAUGAUUUUGAUUUAAUUUCUGCAUUUGUUUUGUCUCGGUCUUCCAACAGAGAGAAACACUGAAGAAACACGGCUCAGAGAGCGAGGAAUGCUCGAGAGGUCGUACCCCGACCGAUCGCCAGAAACGCUUUUUUUCUUCCUCCGCCUGCGCGUUUCGUUUCGAAACCCUAAUCCUGUCAUUUCUCGGAUCACUUUUUCGAUGAAUUGUGGUUUAUACUGAAUUCAGAAAACUCGGAUAUCGACUUGGCCGGUUUUCUUUUCGCGGCUUUCGAUCCUUGAAAUCGGCGAUCUCGGCGGUGUGGAUCUGAAAGGGAACAGGUAGAGAGAGGCUUAAACGAUGCCCUCGAACGCGGAUCUGGACCGUCAGAUCGAGCAUCUGAUGGAGUGCAAGCCAUUGCCGGAGGCGGAGGUGAAGAUGCUCUGCGAUCAGGCGAGGGCGAUUCUGGUAGAGGAGUGGAAUGUGCAGCCGGUGAAGUGCCCGGUGACGGUUUGCGGUGAUAUCCACGGCCAAUUCUACGAUCUCAUUGAGCUGUUUCGGAUAGGAGGGAAUGCACCCGAUACCAAUUACCUCUUUAUGGGGGAUUAUGUAGAUCGUGGGUACUACUCAGUAGAGACUGUCACACUUUUGGUUGCUCUGAAAGUUCGAUAUAGAGAUAGGAUCACAAUUCUUCGAGGGAAUCAUGAGAGCCGGCAAAUAACUCAAGUGUAUGGCUUUUAUGACGAAUGCUUGAGAAAAUACGGAAAUGCCAAUGUGUGGAAGUACUUUACUGACUUAUUUGAUUAUCUACCCCUCACGGCCCUUAUUGAGAGUCAGGUCUUCUGUUUGCAUGGAGGUCUUUCACCAUCUUUGGAUACGUUAGAUAAUAUUCGAGCCUUGGACCGUAUACAAGAGGUUCCACACGAAGGACCGAUGUGUGAUCUAUUGUGGUCUGAUCCAGACGACCGCUGUGGAUGGGGAAUAUCUCCACGUGGUGCUGGUUAUACAUUUGGACAGGAUAUAGCUGCUCAGUUUAAUCAUACCAAUGGGCUGACACUCAUUUCAAGAGCCCACCAGCUAGUAAUGGAAGGGUACAACUGGUGUCAGGAAAAGAACGUGGUGACUGUAUUUAGUGCUCCAAACUAUUGUUACCGUUGUGGGAAUAUGGCUGCGAUACUCGAGAUAGGGGAGAAUAUGGACCAGAAUUUUCUGCAGUUUGAUCCGGCCCCUCGGCAAAUUGAGCCAGACACCACACGCAAGACUCCUGAUUAUUUUUUGUAAUUUUAUAAUUUCUGCCUGCUGCUUGUAAUCCCUGUUUUCUGCUCUGUGUUAUUGUAGAUGUGUUUUCUUUUAAAAAGAGUUCUGUUGUUUAAGUUGAGGGUUAUCGUCAACAUGAUUCUUUUUGGUUCAAGUUUGUGCUGCUACUGCUGCUUUAUUGAUUUUCUCAAGAAACUCAUAGGAGAACUGACAGAAGCCACCGGUGGCCUGUUUUCUUGUAUAUUUUCCGAGGAGGAAGCGGCAAUAACAUCGUGUAUUUGUUGUGUAA